CUCAGUAUCAGCUAGCUCGUACACGACUAAAAAACGACUCGUACAAAACCUGAAAAAUUAUACGUUUAAAUAUUCAGUCUCUUGCCGCUUUUUGCCUCACUCAGACUGUUUUAAAAACCCGGUUUUUUUUGUGACAUUUUUUCGCUGUAAAAAAGGGGCACUAAUUUUACUAUCGAAAUGCGUGAAAUUGUACACAUUCAGGCCGGUCAAUGCGGCAACCAGAUCGGUGGUAAGUUCUGGGAGGUAAUCUCGGAUGAGCACUGUAUCGACGCGACCGGAACGUACUACGGCGAUAGUGAUCUCCAGCUGGAGCGCAUCAAUGUAUACUACAAUGAGGCCACCGGUGCCAAGUAUGUUCCACGCGCCAUUCUCGUGGACCUGGAGCCCGGCACCAUGGAUUCGGUUCGCUCUGGCGCCUUUGGCCAGAUCUUCCGACCGGACAACUUUGUCUUUGGCCAAUCGGGAGCAGGCAACAACUGGGCCAAGGGUCAUUACACCGAGGGUGCCGAACUGGUGGAUUCCGUCUUGGAUGUGGUGCGGAAGGAGUCUGAGGGCUGCGAUUGCCUACAGGGCUUCCAACUGACCCACUCGCUGGGUGGCGGCACUGGCUCCGGCAUGGGAACCCUGUUGAUCUCGAAGAUCCGCGAGGAGUACCCGGACCGCAUCAUGAACACCUUUUCGGUGGUGCCCUCGCCCAAGGUGUCCGAUACGGUGGUGGAGCCCUACAAUGCCACCCUGAGUGUGCAUCAGCUGGUGGAGAACACGGAUGAGACGUACUGCAUCGACAACGAGGCGUUGUAUGACAUCUGCUUCCGCACACUGAAGCUGACCACCCCCACCUACGGUGACCUGAACCAUCUGGUUUCCGCCACCAUGUCUGGUGUGACAACCUGCCUGCGUUUCCCUGGCCAACUGAACGCUGAUCUUCGCAAGCUGGCCGUGAACAUGGUACCCUUCCCCCGGCUGCACUUCUUUAUGCCCGGAUUUGCACCGCUCACCUCGCGAGGAUCGCAACAAUACCGGGCCCUUACCGUUCCGGAGCUGACCCAGCAGAUGUUCGAUGCCAAGAACAUGAUGGCUGCGUGCGAUCCGCGACAUGGUCGCUACCUGACCGUAGCCGCCAUCUUCCGCGGCCGCAUGUCCAUGAAGGAGGUGGACGAGCAGAUGCUGAACAUUCAGAACAAGAACAGCAGCUUCUUCGUGGAAUGGAUCCCGAAUAACUGCAAGACAGCGGUGUGCGAUAUUCCUCCCAGAGGUCUGAAGAUGUCGGCCACCUUCAUUGGCAACUCCACCGCCAUUCAGGAGCUGUUCAAACGGGUGUCGGAGCAGUUCACUGCCAUGUUCCGUAGGAAGGCCUUCUUGCAUUGGUACACCGGCGAGGGAAUGGACGAAAUGGAGUUCACGGAGGCCGAGAGCAACAUGAACGACUUGGUAUCGGAGUACCAGCAGUACCAGGAGGCGACUGCCGACGAGGAGGGCGAAUUCGAUGAAGACGAAGAAGGAGGCGGCGAUGAAUAAAAGGAUUAUCUUCCCACCCAACAUCACACAUGAACACCAAAACAGGCUAGCAGGGGAACCCAUGAAGGAACAAUACACUGGAUCCGUGGGCCUCAGCAUAUUGUGCUUCGAGGCCCGUCGAUUGUACAUAUUUCCUAUUUGGAAUCUUCACAUUUCGAUUAUUUAUCCCUCACACACAUACAGAAAAAUAUGCCCACCUUUGUUCAGAUCAUGUUGCAAUUGCUGUGAAUUCUGGGUUACCAAUAAAUGUUGAUUCAUAAGCAGACAAGA